GACAUAUAAUCGAAGCCGUCGGUUGAUAUUAUAUUCUUUAGGUCCAUAUUAAUUGACUAAAAUGAAUUAUUGCCAACGGUGACGUCGAUGAGAAGUAUUACCUUUAUAGUUCCAAACGUACAAUAGUGCACUUUCCCAAAUCCCAAUAUAUGAAACUGGAAACGAAUCUAAAGGGAAAGAUGGUACCACGAGAAGAGAAUCGGACGAAAGCUUCAAGAUAAUGUUAUUUUGUUAAGAAGCAGAAAAGCCAUGUCAUGUGCUGCAGGGGACACUCAUGUGACCAACAUCUAUUUAGAUUAGGCAAAAUCUUCAAACGACAAAGGUCAAUUAUUAAUCUCAACAUGCCACAUGUACUUUCUCAUUUAUACACAUUUUUUUUGGAACUUUCCAUCUGUUUACAAUAUUUCUUCUUUUAUGUUUUAGUUCUCUAUCAAUAAUUGGUGAACCAUCAUGCCAAACAAGUGUUAGAGAUCCUAAUUUUAAUGUUUUUAAUUACUUGGUCAGAUUUAUCUAAAAACGUGAUAAAUAUAUAAUCAGGCAUGCUUGGUUAAAUCAAUAUUUCUUUAAAAAAUCAAUAUUAAAAUAAAUGCAAGAAUCUUUCACCAAGAAAGCCAUUCCAUUCUUUUUUUUCCUAGGCCACUCUAAAUGCUCAUCUAUAUGAGAAAUGUGAAUCUCUUAAAAAAUUAACUUAAGGCAAAAGGUAAAGAAAGAUACGCAAGAGAGUUGUGUGUUCAUGUUAUGUAUAUGCUUUAACAACAACGAGCGAUGAUGGUAAAUCCGUCUGAAGAAAAGUAUCUGAACUUUUUUUUGUUUUGAAGAAAGAAGGAUCCUCUCAGAUUUGGAAAUAAAGAUAAAACGAGAGAGGAAAAGAUUUGAGUUUCAUCACUAAACCAAUAUUUUUCUUACCACCCUUUGAGAGAGAAAAUGAGUAAAGAAGAGUUCAUGAACAUCCAGACUUGUGUUCUUAAAGUGAAUAUACACUGUGAAGGUUGUAAGCAAAAAGUCAAGAAAAUCUUGCAGAAAAUCGAAGGUGUUUUCACGACCAAGAUUGAUGCAGACCAAGGGAAAGUGACUGUCUCUGUCUCCCGGAGCGUAGAUCCUUCAGUUCUCAUCGAGAAGCUCGCCAAAUCUGGUAAACAUGCUGAAGUCUGGGGAGCUCCAAAGGGCAACAACAAUCCAAAUCAGUCUCAUGACUCUCACUUGGUGAAUCAGUUAAAGGAAAUGCAGAUUGACAACAAAAAAGGCAGCGGUGGUAAGAACAAUAACAACGAUAAAUGCCCGAAGAAUGUUGGAAGUGGAGGUGGAAGUAGCAAUCCACACCAGAUACAGAAGAUGAAAGGGCUUCAAGAUAUGAAGCUUCCUCAGCAGUUAAAGGAUUUGAAGGGCUCUUUUCCUGAGAACAAGAACCAAAACCAGCCAGGAGCAAAGUUCAAUGUUCCUGAGGAGGAGGAUGAUUAUUUUAGUGAUGACGAUGACGAGUUUACUGAUGCUGGUGACGAGGACUCUGAUGACGAUGAGUUUGAUGAUCUCCCUUCUCCGUCUAAUAAGAUGAUGAUGCCUAAUAAUCAACAGAUGAUGAUGAACGCCAAUCUUGGCGGUGGUCCCACCAAAAACGGCGGUAAGGGAGUUUACGGCGGUGGCAAAGGUGAACCUAACGGCGGUGGCGGUGGAAAAGUUGAUUCUGGCGGCGCUGGGAAUCAAAACCAAGGCGGAGGCAAGAACGGCGGCCAAAACGCCAAUGGUGUACAUCAACAAGAUGGUAAAAAUGGCGGUGGUCCAAACGUCGGAAAGAAGCUUAACGGCGGAGGUGGUGGACUUCCGGCCGGUUUUAUUCCCAUGGGAGGCGGAGUACCACCAAACAUAAGCAUGCCAAUUGGUGGUCUAAUGGGUAUGGGUGAUCCCAUGGGAAAUAUUCCUGCCGGUUUAUGUCCCAUGGGAGGUGCAGGACCAUCAAACAUGACUAUGCCAAUAGGUGGUCUAAUGGGUAUGGGUGGUCUGAUGGGGAAUAUUCCGGCGGUUCAUGGAUUACCGGCCACCGGUGCAAGCGGUAUACCGCCAGGUUAUUUCCAAAGGGCCGGGCCAGAUCCAAUUCAAAUGCAACAUCAACAACAACAACAACAGUAUUUAGCAGCGGUUAUGAACCAGCAACGUGCUAUGGAAAACGAACGGUUCCAACCAAUGAUGUACGCAAGGCCACCACUGGCAGUUAACUAUAUGCCACCGCACAUACACCUACACCAAUAUCCAAAUCCUUAUGAUCCAUACCCGUAUCCACCUCAUGGGAAUGAUCAAUACUCUCAUGUCUCUAACGAGGAGAACACAUCUAGCUGCGAUAUUAUGUGAUGGUUUCACUAUUUCUAUAGAAUUAUAAUGUAAAUUUGGACGUAUGUUAAAUUAUGUUGAAGUUCAUGUUAUUCUCCUUCAUGUGACUUUUUAUUUGCUAAUCAAGAAAAUAAAUUAUGAAUA